UCUGGCCUCGGAUUCACCAAUAGCCGUGAUGGGAACCCUGCCAUUGACUUGUUUAAAAGAUGCAGAUGCAUGCUCAUCCGUCUCCCUGCCCCCUCCUCUGGAUUUCGCCUAUGCGCAGCAAAGUGCUUGGUAGCAUCCAAACUAACCAUGAAGCAUGCCUUUCUGGUUUCAUUAAGCGCCCUUGCGGCCGGGGCACUGGCGCAGGAUACCUUUGAACCUUCCGACUUCAAUGUCACCGAGGCUUUGGUGACCGCAGGCGUCAACGUCUCGGAUAUUCCCCAAUUAGCUGCUUUGACCCGACGGUCCUCGCCGGGCGCCUGUAAGAUCGCUUGUUCUUCCUUGGCUAUCAUCUACGGCGCGGAAAAUGUCUUGUCCCAGGGUUCUUCCGGUUACGACACCUUCAACGACGCCUACUGGUCCAGUAUACAGGGAGAGGUCGAGCCUUAUUGCGUCUUCAAGCCUUCAGAAGCCUCACAGGUGGCGGUGCAGGUGCUCAUAUCACGUCUGACGCAAUGCCCUUUUGCCGUCAAAGGUGGAGGCCACGCUGCUUUUGCUGGGGGAUCCAACAUUGACGGCGGAAUAACUGUUUCUCUCGAGAACUUGAAACAGAUCUCGCUAUCCUCCGACAAGAAAAUUGCUGCGGUUGGUCCCGGAAACAGAUGGAUCGAUGUUUAUCAAACGCUUGAUCCUGACGAGGUGACAGUGGUCGGAGGCAGAGUGUCAACUGUUGGGGUGUCCGGAUUGACUCUCGGUGGCGGCAUCUCCUAUCUGUCCUCCAAGUACGGCUGGGCGUGUGAUAACGUAGACAGCUACCAACUUGUGACAGCAUCUGGUAUUAUCCUCGAUGUCAGCCAGAAGUCUUAUCCCGAUCUCUACUGGGCGCUGCGUGGCGGCGGGAACAACUUCGGAAUCGUGACCAAAUUCAACUUCAAUGCCUACCCUCAAGGCAAGAUGUGGGGUGGAGCUCGACUGUUCAGCAACGAAAGCUUCCCAGCGACCCUCGAUGCCAUCUACAACUUCGCCACCAAGGGUUCUCCAGCCGACCACGACGCCGCAGCCAUCAUCUCCUUUGGCUACGCAUCCGGCUUCGGCCCCCUCGCAUCCAUGCAAUUGGAAUACGCCCAACCCAUCGCCGACGCCAAAGUCCACGAAGAAUUCAACGCCCUGACACCCGUCCAAUCCACCACGGACAUCCACACCCACGCCGAGCUCGCACUCAUGCUCAACGAAGGGAUAGCCUACGGCGUCCGCAACACAUACUGGGAUGUAUCCUUCAAAGUCGACCGAGCCCUCUUCACCUUCCUCAUCGACACCUUCUACGAGCUCCUACCCAACAUCAUCGAUGCAGCGGGCUUACUCCCCACCAUCUCCAUCCAAGCCAUCACCGAAGGCCAGCUCAAGGGCUUCCAGAAGAACGGCGGGAACGCUCUCGGGUUAGACCCCGCCGGCGGACCCUACUUCGUCAUGAACAUGGGCGCCAACUGGGACAAUGUCGCCGACGACGCGCGCAUCCUCAAGUUCCACGCCGACGUUAUCGACGCCGUCAAGGCCGAGGCUAAGAAGACGGGCGUCGAUAAUGACUUCAUCUACAUGAAUUACGCGUCGCAGUUCCAGGAUCCCGUGGCGAGCUAUGGGGCUGCCAACCAUCAGAAACUAAAGUCCGUUUCUAGGAAGUAUGAUCCUCAGCAGGUGUUCCAGGACUUGCAGCCGGGGUACUUUAAGCUCGACAAGGGCGCGCCCAAUCCGAAAUGGCCGUCGUCGUAA